CACCUUAUAGCCCCUAUGAGCGUUCUCCGUACGCUCCGUGGGCCUCAGGCUCCCGCCACCAGCCGGGGCCGUGCCCUGUCAGCCGAGGCCCCGCCCACCAGCCGGCAGCGAGGCGCGUGCGCAGUGCUGCGGCCGUUACCUGUCAGCGGAGGCGGCGGGCGGAGGAGGAGCGGCGGGAUGGAGGGGCUCAUCCCGCUCGUCAACCGGCUGCAGGACGCCUUCGCGGCGCUGGGCCAGAACUGCCUGCUCGACCUGCCGCAGAUCGCGGUGGUGGGAGGGCAGAGCGCCGGGAAAAGCUCCGUGCUGGAGAACUGCGUCUCCAGGGAUUUUCUUCCACGAGGUUCUGGGAUUGUAACGAGACGGCCAUUGGUGUUGCAACUUGUCACUGCCAAAACAGAGUAUGCUGAAUUUCUACACUGCAAAGGAAGAAAGUUUACAGAUUUUGAUGAAGUUCGUCAGGAAAUUGAAGUAGAAACAGACAGAAUAACAGGAGUGAACAAAGGGAUUUCUUCAAUUCCUAUUAAUUUAAGAAUAUAUUCUCCACAUGUACUAAGCCUAACUCUUAUUGACUUGCCGGGAAUCACUAAAGUGCCAGUAGGGGAUCAGCCUCCAGAUAUCGAGCAACAGAUAAGAGACAUGAUAAUGCAGUUCAUCUCUCGAGAAAACUGUUUGAUAUUGGCUGUGACUCCAGCUAACACUGAUCUGGCCAAUUCAGAUGCUCUGAAGUUAGCUAAAGAAGUAGACCCUCAAGGCCUUAGGACCAUUGGUGUGAUCACAAAAUUGGAUCUGAUGGAUGAAGGCACCGAUGCAAGAGACGUUCUAGAAAAUAAACUACUUCCUCUUCGUAGAGGUUAUAUUGGUGUUGUGAACAGAAGCCAGAAAGACAUCGAUGGAAAGAAGGACAUAAAGGCAGCUCUUCUAGCAGAAAGGAAAUUCUUUCUUUCCCACCCAGCGUACAGGCACAUGGCAGAUCGGAUGGGAACACCGUAUCUUCAGAAAGUUCUAAACCAGCAACUUACCAAUCAUAUUCGGGAUACCCUGCCAGCAUUCAGGAGCAAACUCCAGAGCCAGCUGCUUUCUAUAGAACAUGAAGUAGAGGUAUACAAAAACUUCAGACCAGAGGAUCCAACCAGAAAAACAAAAGCUUUGUUGCAGAUGGUACAGCAGUUUUCAGUGGACUUUGAAAAAAGAAUUGAAGGAUCGGGAGAUCAGGUCGAUACACUCGAGCUUUCAGGUGGUGCCAAAAUCAAUCGUAUUUUCCAUGAACGUUUCCCUUUCGAACUAGUGAAGAUGGAGUUCAAUGAGAAAGAGCUGCGGAGAGAAAUAAGUUAUGCAAUCAAGAACAUACAUGGUAUCAGGACAGGUUUAUUUACUCCAGAUAUGGCGUUUGAAGCGAUUGUUAAGAAGCAGAUAGUCAAGCUGAAAGGACCUUGCUUAAAAAGCGUGGAUCUAGUGAUGCAGGAGUUAAUCAACACUGUCAAGAAGUGCACUAAAAAGUUGGCAACCUAUCCAAGAUUAUGUGAGGAAACAGAAAGAAUUGUUGCUGGGUACAUUCGUGAAAGAGAAGAGAAGACCAAGGAUCAGGUGCUGCUGCUGAUUGAUAUCCAGGUUUCUUACAUCAACACCAACCAUGAAGACUUCAUUGGCUUUGCAAAUGCCCAACAAAGAAGCAGUCAGGUUAACAAAAGUGCAGUGGGAAAUCAGGGAACCAAUCUACCGCCUUCAAGGCAAAUUGUCAUCCGGAAGGGCUGGCUGACCAUCAACAAUAUUGGCAUCAUGAAAGGAGGAUCCAAGGAAUACUGGUUUGUUCUAACUGCAGAAAGCCUGUCCUGGUAUAAAGAUGAUGAGGAAAAAGAGAAGAAGUACAUGCUUCCUCUGGACAACUUGAAAGUGCGUGAUGUUGAAAAGAGCUUCAUGUCUAGCAAACAUAUCUUUGCAUUGUUUAACACAGAGCAGAGGAAUGUUUACAAGGAUUACCGUUUCCUUGAACUAGCCUGUGACUCCCAAGAGGAGGUGGAUAGCUGGAAGGCAUCCCUGCUGCGAGCUGGUGUCUAUCCUGAUAAAUCCUCAGGGAACAACAAAACUGAAAAUGAUGAGAAUGGCCAAGCAGACAAUUUUUCAAUGGACCCCCAAUUGGAGAGACAGGUGGAGACGAUUCGAAAUCUGGUGGACUCCUACAUGUCUAUUAUCAACAAAUGUAUCCGAGAUUUGAUACCGAAAACAAUCAUGCACCUUAUGAUCAAUAAUGUGAAAGAAUUUAUCAAUGCUGAGCUCCUGGCUCACCUGUAUUCUUCUGAGGACCAAAAUACUCUAAUGGAGGAAUCGGCUGAACAGGCACAGAGGCGAGAUGAAAUGCUCCGCAUGUACCAAGCUCUAAAGGAAGCCCUAGCGAUCAUUGGCGAUAUUAGCACUAGCACUGUGUCAACCCCUGCUCCACCUCCUGUAGACGAUUCUUGGCUUCAGCAGGCCCGCAGAUCACCUCCUCCAAGUCCCUCAACUCAGAGGAGGCCAACACUGAAUAAUCCCCCCACAAGACCUUUAUCUGGCCGAGGACCUGCUCCUGCAAUCCCAUCUCCAGGCCCUCAGUCAGGGGCUCCCCCAGUCCCGUUCCGCCCAGGACCAUUGCCACCAUUUCCAAGUGGUGGUGAAGCCCAUGGAGGACCUCCGCAAGUUCCUUCUCGGCCUACGCGGGCUCCUCCCAGCGUCCCAAGUCGAAGACCACCCCCCUCACCUACUCGGCCCACUGUAAUUCGUCCAUUAGAUUCAUCCCUGUUAGACUAAAUGAAGUUUCUGGCAUGCCACUCAUUGUUAACCAAAUAUGUGGAAGCAAAUUGCUUGAUAACUGUUGCAAUAACCAAUGUAUAGUCGCAUGUAUGGACGUCUGUAGGCAAGUAACCAAUUUUACUGAUAUAUCUCUGUCCAUUCUGCAUUGUUUAUGAACUCUUCAAUGUUUUGGGAAGGUCUGUGCUGUCUUGACUUUUCCUUCUGCAAUAGCCGAUGUUAGCUAACGUACUGACACACUUGUUCACCCAGGCACCCAUGCUCACAGUCCUAUACAGCGCAAGGAGGACUUGAAUCAUUGAGCACAUGCUGAUUUUAGCUGCUUCUUUUUCUCUUACCUGCCGAAAUGUUGAUUUUAUUUGUACCUUUCACGUUUUCUAUCACGUGGCGUUUUGCAGUUGUGCCCACUUUCUUUGUUAAUGGCUAAACCGGGCAGAGAAAAACACGGUUUAUUAUCAAGCUCUUCUGAAGGCCUCGCUGUUUCAUCUCUCUUGCAAGAAGCUUGCUGGAACACUGCUUCUCCUAUAAUUUUCUCUUAUCUGAAGCUAAGUUUAUAAGGAAUGUCGCUAAACUAGAAGGGUGUGUGUGGGACACUGUGUGCUUUACUUUCCUUCCUCUCUGCUGACUGAUAGGCAGAGCUGGUUGGGUGGCUGGUAAGUCCUCCCACUAAACUCAUGGGAAGCCUUAUGUAUAAGUGAGAGCAUGUAAUAUGUAUAUAUACGCUGCGUGGCAGGGUCCAGAGAACUGAGAGAUGUAUAUAUGUAUAAAUAUAUGCACAGUUGUAAAUGGGCUACCAGUCCUCUGCCCGCUGUGGGAGCUAGUUCAGAGCAAUGGCCUAGAUCUGCAUCUGAGCUUUCCAAGGGAUCCCAUUUGGGUUUGAGAUACUUGCUCAUGACAGUCAAUAAAGUUCCAUGACGUCCACUAAGUAUUUUCCCUUCGUGUCUCGUGACAUCCUACUCACCUCAGAGUAGGAGCAAUUUUAUCCAAAUACUUGCUGAGAAAUGCUCAGCUCUGCAUCCUGGCCAUACUUUUUGGUUUUUAGCAGAUGUUCAGAAGUUCUCUGCCUGUUGUUUUACACCGUGUAUUAAUGUAAUAUAAAAACAUGUUGUCCUAUCUGCGUUACUUAACUUUAAACACUUAGGUCAGCAUAGGUCACCACUGUAGUUUAAAACUUCUUGAGUUGACAGGAUUAACACAGAGAUGAAUUUCACCUUGUGUAGUCAGAAAAUAUUAAUUGCAAUUAUGGUUACAGAUCCCCAGGCAAAGCGAUUGGUGGUUUCAAAGUCCCCCACUAUAAUCAGUCUAAUAAAUUCACUUAUUGAAGCUGUAUGUAGGGCUCCCGUAUGCUGCAGCCUCGUGGUUAGGAAGAAUCCAAUCAAGGAGCCACAACCAGUGGGGAUUUUGCCCAUUAAAUAUUCCCAGGCUGCUGAUGGAAUAACAGUUAUAUUCACUACCGAAGCAAAUAAUGUUUCUGCUUGUAGAAGAGAAACAAGUUUGGGAAAGCAUCAUGAGUUGUAUGUUAGCCCAGUUUUAAUUUCCUGUCAGCCAUGUACUUGUGACACACACCUGGGCAGCUGAGGUCAACAUCUAAAGCAUGGGGAAACUUGUCAGAGCACCGGCAUCCAGGUGAGCUCAGAAGAUUGCUUAAAUGGCUGCUGUUUGUUUGGGGAGGAGGCUUCGAUCUUCCACACUGAGCACACAGGAUCAGCUUUCAAGGAAAAAGUGGUUGUAAACUCAGCUACAUUAUUCCACCUCAGCCACAGAAAGUCACUUUAAUUCCAAGUGUUGGUAUUUGUUCAGUGGAGAGCCUGUGGGCCAUGUUUAUCCCACCUUAUCCUAAGCGUUAGGCUGAGUUGUCCAAGGGCUCCCAUUUGUUCUGUGGAAAGAAAAGGGAUGAUUCAAGCUGGUGUAACUGCUUGGGAGAUGAGUGUGGCAAUGCCGGUAAGUUAGAAGCCUCGAUUAAAUGACACAAGUCUCAACGUAAAAAGACGUGUUUAAAUCCUCUGUACUUGAGACUCCUUAAUUUACUUUGAUACCCCUUUUUGUCAAGCGUAAGGAAAUAUCACAGCUCAGUGCAGUGGCCCCAGUGUCAGCAGCAGUGCAUUCUGUGCUCAGUUUUGAGCUCGUGGGACACAGAGAGAAGCUGCACAGCCUUCCCAUCCUCUGCAUCUCCAUCACAUUUAAUCCAAACCUGCUCCUGAAAUACAGAGCUUUGAGAUGUGCAAGGUAAUAAUUGGUGUUGAGCACCGAUCCAUAGACUGAUGAGUUCACCUCGAAUGUAUUGCAGAUACUCUUUUUAGAAUAAACUAUGUAGAACUGUUCCUAGGAAAAAUGCUAAUUGCUUCCCAAGAAAUUGCCACUUGCAAUUGACUCCAUACUCUCCUCCCUAGCUUUGACCCAUUUUCCUCGUGCUGUACAGUGCCUGGAAUGUGUUUGUUUGUCCUGCUGGCUCCUGAUUCUGCUAAGCUGUGUCUCUUCCAUCCCUUGUUCUCAGAGGAGCAAGUGGCAGUAGUAGCUUGCUCUGUGCCUGAAGGACAGGAGGAAGAGCUCACCAGUAUAUUCUCAGGGAUCUGCUAGGGGGGCUGGCUGGCUGGGACUGGCCCCGGCCCCUCUGCAGGCACCCUCACCCAGGGACAGCUGAGCCUGGGCUCCCAUAACAGAGAAGCACGGGUCGCUCUCCAUUUGUUUGAUUCCCUCAGGCAAAGGGAAGAUUGCCAGGGAGCAAUGGAGACUCCCAUUAAGAAACAGCAGGGUUUGCAAGCUUAGUGAGCUGGAUGACGUGAGUAGCAGAGUUCCAGGAGGGUGCUUAUCUAGUAAUGCAUGUAGGCUAAGCCCGGGUCUGUACCCAGAGAACACAUUCCACCUCACCUCCAUAUGGCUGACCAGCAGCUGAGGAGCUUGCUCAUGUUGUAAAUAGCUCUUGGCCUUUAACCUCCAGGGAUCUUUGUGUUAGGAUUAAAAUGAUUGUAUGCUUGAAGAAAAAGCUUUUGUACAUAGUUAACGUAUGUUUGUUUUAUUGCCAAUCUCGUUGCACUUUCUGAGUAAGCCUCAUAAAAGUAGAUAAUUAUAUUAAAGGAGAUACAUUAGAGGUUAUAGCAUUUCAUGUUAAAGCAUAACAUAGAAGAUAUUACGUUCUGUGUUGCAGAUAGCUACACUUCACAAUGUGUACAGCAUAUUAAGAUUACUGCCUAGUUCUGUCUUAAAAUAGCCCAGACCUCCCAAAUUCAAGGCAGAGCAGUUUUGCACACAUGGCACUGGGGAGGCAUCGGCUCCAUGCUGUGCUCAUGGCGCGCUUCCUCCCGCGGUGGCGUUGAUCCCCCCCCCUGGGCUCCAGCAGAACAACUCCCUUGUGUCAAUGAAUGUUACUCUGCCUGUCUCUCCUCUUGCUUUGUCUGCAGGCGAGCUGAUACCGAUGGCUCCUCCCGUCCAGACAGCCCUCCACUCUUGCUUGAUAUAUGAUUUGUCCCGUCUUGCUGGCCGUUUGCUUUACUUCCUGUCUCUUUACUUUUCCGGGAUGGUGUAAACAAUGACUUCUUUUUGUAAGAAGCACACGCUUAAUUUCUUACUGAAUUUUGCUCUGUAUGUUAAUGCCCUACUUCAUAUGAACCAAGACAGCUUUGAUUUCGUAGUCUGUAAAUGGUAUCUGGUGUUGAUCUUUCAGCACGACGAGUCGGUUCUUGAAACCACAGUCAUUACUGAGCAUUGCAUACACCUGCUGUAAACGUGUUAUGCUGCAUUUCUGAACCUGAAAUAAACUGUAACUCUUGA